AGAGACCGAGUGGGCGCCAGGCCCAGCGCUGACGGCUGGCCGGGCCCUCAGGCCUCAGCAGCUGCAGACUUGCGGUGCAGCCCAGCGGAGCGGGCGGCCGGCCAGUCCCCGGGGAGGCGGGCCUGCGUGAGGAGGCCCCGCGGUGAAGGCGGAGAGCGCGCAAGCCGCUAGGCCUCGGCCUCGUCCCUGCAGCCACAUGGCCUCCGGAGUGGGCGCGGCCUGCGAGGAGCUGCCUCCCGACGGCACGUGUGACGAGUGCGAACCCGACGAGGCGCCCGGGGCGGAGGAGGUGUGCCGCGACUGCGGCUUCUGUUACUGCCGCCGCCACGCUGAAGCCCAUCGCCAGAAGUUCCUCAGCCACCGCCUGGCCGCGUACGUCCAUGGCGCCCAGGCCUGGACUCCGCCAGCCAGCGGUGACGACGCGCUCCCCGAAGACGUCGAGGCCAAAGGGGAGGCCGAGGGCGAGGUAGAGAGCGAGGUGGGGGAAGAAGAGAGCGAGUCGGAGGUAGACAGUGAGUCUGAAGAAGAGAGCGAGACAGAGGAAGACAGUGAGGAUGAGAGUGAUGAGAGCGAAGAAGACAGCGAAGAAGAGAUGGAAGAUGAGCAGGAAAGUGAGGCAGAGGAAGACAACCAAGAAGGAGAAUCUGAGGCAGAAGGAGAAACUGAGGCAGAAAGCGAAUUUGACCCCGAAAUAGAGAUGGAAGCGGAGAGAGUGGCCAAGAGGAAGUGUCCAGACCAUGGGCUGGAUUUGAGCACCUAUUGCCAGGAAGAUAGGCAGCUCAUCUGUGUCCUGUGUCCAGUCAUUGGGGCUCACCGGGGCCACCAGCUGUCUACGCUAGAUGAAGCCUUCGAAGAACUGAGAAGCAAAGAUUCUGGUGGACUGAAGGCGGCUAUGAUAGAGUUGGUGGAGAGGUUAAAGUUCAAGAGCUCAGAUCCUAAAGUAACUCGAGACCAGAUGAAGGUAUUUAUACAGCAAGAAUUUAAGAAAGUUCAGAAAGUGAUUGCUGAUGAGGAGCAGAAGGCCCUUCAUUUAGUGGACAUCCAAGAAGCAAUGGCCACGGCUCAUGUGACUGAGAUAUUGGCGGACAUCCAAUCUCACAUGGAUAGGUUGAUGACUCAGAUGGCCCAGGCCAAGGAACAACUUGAUACCUCUAAUGAAUCAGCUGAGCCAAAGGCGGAGGGUGACGAGGAAGGACCCAGUGGUGCCAGUGAAGAAGAGGACACAUGAAGACUUACCAUUCCCUGCAGAAAAUACCCCUUCCCCGUGUGUAUGUGACAGCGUGUAUGUAAUGGCUUCUGAUAUCUGUGAAAGCUGCCCGGCAACAAACUUCUUCCACUGGAUAUGUCCCCAGAACCACAGCAGGCACACAUGUUUCCAAGGGACCAGGGGUUGUAUGCAUACUGACUGUGUGCUUCUUGUUCUCUUGUGGUAGGUCAUGGGAAGAGCCCCUUUGAUCAACUUGGAGGGCUCUUCAGACAACCCCCCAAUGGCUGCUUUGAACUUACUCAGGAAAGCCAGCCCCUGGAAUAUUGUCAACAGUAUCACUUCCUUAGGAAGGUUCUAGAACAUCUCAAAAGGAAAUCAGUUUUCCUUACCUGCAAACAGAAAACCCACUUUGUUUGUACUGAAGCUUAAAGCAAAUGUGGCCAAUGGGGCCAAACUGACUCAGUAGGCAGUCUAUCAUAGUUCAGUUCUGCCUCUGUGAGAAGUGUUAGGGCAGCUAGGGUUAAAAUAGGGUUGGAGAAGAGUCCAGAGCUAGAAAGGAGAUAUUUUUAGUAUGUGAAGUUAUCGAGGACUUAAAAUUCAUAAUUCAGUGCUGUGGAAAUGGAAAAAAUGAUUGAAUAGGUGGAAAGGAAAUGACCUUAAGGACCGGGGUGAGGUAAAGAAAUCUGAUUAAAAGUUGAAAUCAGUGUUUCAGAAUUCAGAUUGCCCAAAUUUUCCAAAAUGGUCACUAAAGCAUCUGAUAAUAACCUGAAUUCUUGAGCCAGCUGCGUGGAUUAACGGGCCUGUCACAAUAUAAAAGGCUGCCAUGUAUAUUGGCAGGUGGAGAUUGUCACUGUAAAACUUAGCAGUACCACUCCAAGGUUAGUCUAUGGUGGUCGGUGCACUGUGAGGGGAGUCCUUGCCACUCCCUGGCUGCUAGCAAACAUUCCCUCUAUUUACUAUAAUUGGGAUCCUCCCUUCCCCUGCAGCAGGCCUUCAGUUCACCUCACACACCCCAGUUUUCUCUUUUAUGUAGCAUGUCCAGGCAUGCCCCAGAGCUGGAUUUCCUAGCCUUCUCACACUCCCAGAUCACAGUCUCUUACAACCAUACUUUUCAGAGUCAAGGAAGUAGUAGUGUGCUGGGAGAUACCCAACUGCAAGCUCACAGCACCAUAUCUUCUUGAGAAAUCAGUUUUUCUUUCUAAAUGAUUUGAAGUCAGGGGAUAACUGUAUUUUUUAAUAGAACAAACACUUAGGUUAUAGACGAGAAUAUUCAUACACUAGACUACUAAGAUAAAAUAGGAGACUUGGAAGAACACUCUUACUUGUAAGUGGACAGUGAUUCCCUCUUCUCUGAUUGUGUGGUAUUUUCAUGUUCACUUUGAGAUUCUUUCUGAGCCUUGGAGUUGCUGUUGACCAAGGUCUAGACUUCCAGAUCCAAGGAGUCCACCUUGGAGUAAAUCUCCCUUUUCCUGUCAGCCAGCUUGCCUGUGUACUUAUCACAAAGGUUUAGGGGCAGCUAACAUGUGUAUGUACAGGAUAAGGCAGAAACAACAUAUGCUUAUUGUAGGAGUCCUAUUUAUGUCAUUAUUCAACCCUGUGCAUGCUAGAAAAUGAUUUAUCCUUCUGAGGCUAGGAAACUGCCAAGCGUCUAUGCUCUAGGCUAGGAUUACCCUAGCUCUCUACACAGACAAGGAUAUUGUGUCAGAGAGGAGCAUAAGAUCAAAAGAUAUAUAUACUUUUCCCCAAACUGAUGGCUAGGAGAUGGCUUAGACAUUUUUGGUGCUUUACCAUCUGUCUGCAAAGACUGGAGAAUUUAAUCUGUCUUGAGUUAACAACCUCUAAUGAUAUCCUAUUCUAACAAUUUUAAAAGAUAGACCACUCUGGAAAGAGUGUAGAAUAUCAGAAGAUUGAAAAGACUUGACAAUUUGGAAGCUUUGUAUUGUCUUUCCCCAGUAAUCAUUGAUCUUUACGUGUUGACCCUAUAUUAGCAAUGAACAGAUCAUUGCCUCUCCACCUAAUCAUGCCGGUACUUUAAAUUUGUGUUUGGGGAAUCUAAGCAUUUAUGCAGUGGUUAUAAACAGAAGAAGAUUGGCCAACCUGUCUCUAUAAAUUAUCGUCUCUCUGGACUCCUCAAGGAAAGCAUUCCUCCUUUACUUAGAGAGGGUUUCAUGUUCACUUUAUGGGCUCCUGAUGUCUUCAGCACCUGAUAAAACUUUAACCAGGAAAGCAUUAAACACAGCACAGCAGCCCCUGCCCAGAUCCUUAAGUUCCUAAUAGCAGCAUUUAUCAAUGUAAGAAUUAGGAUGCUUUCUGUACUGGUAUCAGCUUCAUCCUCAGAGCUAUAACCUCUUGCUUGGCCUUGUGCCCCAGGGUGAACGAAGCUUCUUGUUUUUCCGUGUCAGUGUGAGUUAAGAGUGUCAGAGUUGUAUGUGUCCUGAUGAACUGUGGACAGCAGGGUUUACCCAAAUCAUCAAAUGAUACAGGUAAUGAAUGUCUCUAAAAUAAGUUGGGUCCUCCGACCAAGCCCUGGAUACCUUCUGACUGUUACGUUUCUGAGUGCUGAGAGUAAUUUGUUCAUUGGUUUGAUACCGCUAUAUCUGGGGCAGUUUUAAGAAGUCCUUGACUUCUCAGCUCUGGCAGUCAGUAGAAGGAAGUAACCUUAGGACAGGCUAUGAGCCUCUGUAGAUGUGCAGAGAACAAGUCACUUGUCUGUAGUUGCUAGCAAAACCAGUUUCCCACUGCAGUGGGAACCCUCUGUCCCACACCAGCUCACCUACAGAUUGAGAGAGAAGGGGGCUUUCAGUUCCCCCAGUAUUUUCGGUUCUCCCAGUUCCCCAUUCAUACUAUGAAUUCUUUUUCAAAGCAUCAAGAUAGCCUUAGUCCUCUGCUCUAGUAGAUGUUGUAGUAUUCAUUGUUAACUUAAGCUUUCUUCCAGGAGCUGGGAAGGCCUUUCUUUUUGGUAAAUCCCCACAAAGGAAAAUAAAGGCCUUCAAGAGUGUAAAGUUUUUAGAGAGAGUUGGAGGUGAUGGUAGUCUAACUUUAUUUAAAUACCUCCUGCUUCAGUGCUAUAGAAAAGCAAAUCUUCAUGUUUUAGGAAACCUAGCUACCAUGUCUGUACUCUGUGAGAAGGUGCCAAUUUAAAUCACUAACUUUGGACUUCCUUCCUGGAGUGUGUGUAUGUGUGUGUGUGCGUGUGCGCGCACGCACGUGCGUGCAUGUGUGUGUAAAUGAGAGAAAGAUUUGCACACACCCACAUAUACUAUACCACUUAAUAAUUUAAGAGUUAACUGAAGCUCAAAGCAGCCCCUGGUGAUCUUAUAUACGACCACAAAGAUUUCUUCUAGGUCCAUGUAAGUAUAAAGUAUAAACAGAUAACUGGAGUGUGGCUGCUGGCUUUCCAGAAUAAUCCCCCUGUGGUAGGUGUCAACUCUUACAGCACUAAGCCAAGGUGACACCCCAGCCCUCUUCCAUGUUAUUAAACAUGGAAAAUGCAGAUGCCUUGUCAUCUGGGAUGGAGUGUAGAGCUGGAGAAUCUAUGACCUUGUAGUAGUCAGUGGUCUAAGAGGUCCUCUCUCCCCACAGAGAAAAUGUCCUGCUGAUUCCUGAUACUCUACUCUUAUGAAGUAGCUGUUCAGUACACACUUCUCAGUAAACUGGUUGCAUGUUUACUAUGUGCUAAGCACAUCUAGAUUUUUUGUUUGUUUAAAGGCAAAAGUCCCAUUAUAAAUCAAGUCCAGCCCUGCCCUAAGAGAAAAGGCCCACAGAGAGAUUGCACAUUUCACUGAGGCUGCCUUCACCCAUCAGUGUUUCUGAGGCCCACCGUCCUAUGGAAUUCCGAGCGAGAGCAUGGGAACCAGGUAUUCCCCAGCUCAUACAAGAGAUCAUCUGGAUCCCUUGGUUUCCCAUUAUUAUUUGAGGCUGAGCAGAAACAUUAGAACAAGGACCAGAGCAGGAAAGUGAAAUAAAUGAAGACACUUGGAGUGUACUGUUGGGAAAAUAGCCAGUGUCCAUUCUGGGCUUGAUGUGGCUUUAAGGGGACCAAUCAUUUAUACUUUAUGGAAGUUAAACCUGACCAGUCUUUACAGUGACAGGCCACAGAGCGUGAGUGGGUAGAACCAACAAAUCCAUUGUCUUCUGCCUGUUUUCGUGAGCACAGUCACAUCCCUCCUUAGUCUUCUUCCCCUUCCACCCUUUACACUAAACAAGGGAACACUCAAUCUUUCAAGGGAAUUACAUAUCUGAGUUGAUGUUUCAGUAUAUCAUUUUCAUACUGUAAAUUAUUUUGUAAGAGAGAUUUACUGCUAUCCCAGGAUGUUCGGACUUGGCGCCCCUGUGCAUUUGGAAAUCAAUAAACUAUUACUGGAAAUAC